AGCGAGGCAUAAAAAGACUGUCCUACAGCUUUAGAACGCCAGACUGAUCUCCUGGACUCAACUGGACCAGCGUUAAGCUUUUAAGAAGGAAUUACCGCCAGCAUGCAGAGCUACAACCAAACUAUAACCAUAUUGUGCCUCUUGGCUUUGCUUUUCUCAAUGAACCAGACCUCCAGUGCACCAACACUAACCUCUACAUCAGGUAUCAAGCGGUCAGACACUGUACUGAACCGUAAAGCUCGCAUGACUCCGCUGUGGAGAAUCUUGGCCAGUAAACCCCAUGGUGCUUACUGUCACGAUCAUAUGGAAUGCUCUACAGGACUCUGCAGGAACGGCUUUUGCUCUUUUGACGUGCCUGUUAAGUCCUAGUGUCUGAUCUAAAAGAAUUUUGCUGCUGCUGCCAACCACGCAAAUACAAGAGAGGUAUAUAAAACGAGAGCGAUACAGAUUUAUAAAUAUUAAUUCUUUUUAAUGGAAUUGUUAUGUAAGGACAGCACAACCUGUGCAUUUUUACUUGCAAAUAUACAAACUGUGUAAUUUUUACUGUGCAAAUUAUUUGCUUAAAUUAAAAAAAUUAAAUAAAUCUAGAGGUAAUAUGUAAAUAUGUAAAUAUUCAUAUUUUUACUGAAAUUAUAUAUUCAAAUAUCUACAAAUAUAAAGCCCAGCUUUACAAAAAAAAAAAAAAACAGGAAAUGUUUGUCUGUGUAUUACACAUAGUUAAAUUAUUGUAAAUAUAUUAUUAAUUUAACUCUAUGUGUACUUAUCAUUAUACAAAAUAUACUUCUCGAAUGUUUAGUGCCGGCACAUUAAAGAGGCAUCUCAGGUUAAUCAGCUACACUUUUUAAACUCAGACAUAUCGUGUUAUGCAGAUUUCCGAGUUCUGAACCUGAAAUGCCUCGAUAAAAUAAAAAAAAAAGUGUUUUAUAAGUAUAGAAAAUUUAAUGCAAAUUAUAAAUUAAUUUUAUCAAGAAAAGUGAUAUAUUUAUAUACUGUGUUUUGUUAUUGCCUGCACCUGAGAGUGAAUUAUUUUCUGAAAAUUGUACUGUAAAAAAACCAAGUACUGUUAAAGGCCUUGAUAAUGCAUUACUCAAUAUAAAUUAUUACUGCAUUUCUAAAUAAAAUAUGCUCUUGAUUGAUUACUCGAGGAUCUUUAUUACUGUAACCUGUUACUGUACAGUUUACAGAGGCUGUGUGCUGUGGGAAAUGAUUGUCAAAUAAAAAUGAUGUGAAUCUUGA